AUGGUUAUAUGGUUUGAUAUUUCCAGGGUCCUUUGCAAGUUCUUUGCUCAUGGAGCAUGCCUAAAAGGGGAGCAUUGUGAGUUUUCACAUGAUUGGAAAGAUCCCCCAAAUAAUAUUUGCACCUUCUACCAGAAGGGAAUAUGCUCAUAUGGAAGUCGUUGCAGGUAUGAGCAUGUUAAAGCUUCUGGCCCCGAGGCAUCAGCCUCAUCUUCAUCAACAAUUCUUCGGCAACCUCUUGCCUCAGAUUCUCAUUCUCUUACUCGCCCUCCAAGAGCUAUGUUAAGCAGUGGAACAGCGUUUCUUGGUGCAUCUUCAGAGUCUUCUGCUUCAAGCAGAGGUCCUCUUCAUCAUACUAGACUGGCAUGGGAUUUGGACUCUGGUCAUCAUGAUUUCUUGGAAAAUGAUGUUAUUGAGCCUAGGAAUGUUAAACCAGCUGAUCAAUCUAUUUGCUCAUUUGCUGCUGCUGGUAAUUGUCCCCGUGGAGAAAAAUGUCCUCAUAUUCAUGGAGAUUUGUGUCCUACCUGUGGAAAACAUUGCUUGCAUCCUUUCAGACCUGAGGAAAGAGAGGAGCAUAUUAAAACAUGUGAGAAAAAGCAUAAACACCUCGAGGCAUUGAAACACAGUCAAGAAAUAGAGUGCAGCGUGUGCCUGGACCGUGUACUAUCAAAGCCCACUGCAGCUGAAAGGAAGUUUGGAUUACUAACAGAAUGUGAUCAUCCAUUUUGCAUCUCCUGCAUUAGAAAUUGGCGUAGCAGUUCACCUACAUCUGGAAUGGACGUCAAUAGUACAUUGAGGGCCUGCCCAAUAUGUCGCAAAUUAUCAUAUUUUGUUGUUCCAAGUGUAAUUUGGUACUGCACUCCAGAAGAGAAGCAAGAAAUUAUUGAUAGCUACAAGGCAAAACUCCGGUCGAUUGACUGUAAACAUUUUAACUUUGGAAAUGGGAAUUGCCCGUUUGGGACUAGUUGUUUCUACAAGGUAAAUAAUUUCUGAUACAAACAAGUGUGUUUUUCUUUCUUUUGUAGUAUGCUUCAUCUCAAGAUUCUUGAUGGAAAUUCCCUAAAAAAAGAUUCAAAAUGGAAAUUCCCUAAAACGAUUCAAUAUGGAAGGCAAUGCGUAUCUAAAGC